AUGGCUCUCAAAGUAAAGGCAAAUCGUUAUAACUUCCUGAUUGCGUCCUUUGUAACGCUGGGCUCCUUCACGUACGGCUACAAUUCUUCCGUCACUGCCGGCGUCGUUGGUCUCCCAUCAUUCUUCAAGUACUUCGGUAUUGAUACCACGACGAGCACUGGAAACUCUAUCUUUGGCGCCAUCAAUGGCAUCUUUCUCGCGGGUGGUGCCUGCGGCUGUUGGACUUUGGCUUGGCUGGCCGACUCCAUCGGUCGUCGUCGUACCCUGCAGGUCGUCUCCGCCAUAUGUGUCGUAUCAGCAGCCAUCCAAUGUGGUUCCGUCCACGUGGCCAUGUUCCUCGUCGGCAGACUGCUCAACGGGUUCGGCGUAGGCUUGAUGACUUGUCUGGUCCCUCUGUAUCAGUCGGAAACCUCGCCGCCCGCGCAGAGAGGGCGUCUAGUCGGCCUUCACGGUUUCAUCCUUGUGGCGGGAUACAGCUGCGGCGGUUGGACAUCAUACGGGGCUUAUUUCGCAACCAAUCUCUCACUCCAGUGGCGUCUGCCUCUUGCGAUCCAGAUAAUCGCUCCGCUGUUGCUUCUCUGCGGGAGUUUCUGGCUUCCGGAGUCCCCUCGUUGGCUGAUUGGCCAUAAUCAGGAUGCCAAGGGCAUGGAAGUCCUCGAGCACUUGCACCGAACCCCGGAAGAUCCCGAUGCGACCGGGGCGCACGAUGAGUACCGACAAAUCCAGGCUCAGGUAGAGCUCGAAAAGGAGCAGAAGCUGGACACUCUCGUUAAAUGCCUCAUGCAUCCUGGCACGCGGAAGCGCAUGAUUUAUGGCUUCCUCUUGCAGUGGCUGCUUCAGAGCACUGGGGUUCUGGUCGUCUUCAACUAUCAAGUAAUUAAUUGCUCACACUCCACAGGACGACAUGCAAAGGUUGGGUGCAUCAUUAAUCUCAGCAUCUACACCGCCCUGGUUGCCGAGUUUGCAGACUCUACCAACCGAGUCGGAAAUGGCUUUGCCAUCUUGUGUCUCUUCCUCUUUGCCGUCUUUUAUGGCGGAUGUCUCGACGCCUCCAGCUACGUGUACUGCUCCGAGAUUUUCUCUAAUGCGGUCCGCGCGCAUGGGAUGGGAUUCUCGAUCAGUGGCCUGUUCCUAUCCAAUAUCCUUUACACCCAGACCGCACCAACAGCAUUCAGCGCGGUUGGAUGGAAAUAUUUCUUGGUGUUCAUCAUAGUGCCUGCCGCGGGACUUUACCCAUUUCUCAGGUUCUAUCCCGAGACGAACCAGCUCUCCCUGGAAGAGCUUUAUCACAACGUCCUCUCACCAAUGGGCUCACGAAACAUCUAUCUCGCAGCCGCCGUUGUGUGCAGCACGGCAUGCAUGUUCGGAUAUGGCACUGGCUACAUCGGAGGAAUUCUCGUCUUGCCGUCCUUCAACCGCCACUUCGGUCUGGACCACUUGUCCCAGCACGACCGGGCAGCUGCACAGUCCCUCAUAGUCUCCAUCUGGCUGCUGGGUGCCUUCAUCGGUGUGCUCUGCGCCCUGCCGGUGUGUUCGCGACUAGGGCGUCGGAGAUGUCUCCUUUUCUGCGCCCUCACAAAUGUCAUCGGCGCCGUUAUUCAGUUGGUGCCGAGCGGACACACGGUUGCCCUCUUCGAUUUCGGCAGAUUGCUCAGCGGCAUCGGCGUCGGGGCCGGUACACUCGUCGCGCCGCUCUACAUCUCCGAGAUCUCCCUCCCCACCAACCGGGGCAUGUUACUCGCGUCCUGGCAGGUCUCGAUGCAGAUAUCGGCCCUGGUUGGGUUCUGGGGCGCCUACAUCUCGCAUCGUACCCUGCCAGAUACCACGGAUUGGCAGUGGGCGGUGCCUGUCAUUCUUCAGCUAUUCCCAGGCGCGAUAUUGCUUUUUGGGGGUGUGAUCCUUCUUCCCGAAAGCCCUGCGUGGCUGGCCGAGCGGCAUGAUGUUGACGCCUUACUCAAUACUCAUGCGUGGUUGCAUCAAGAAGAUCUCUCCUCCCCCGAGGUCAGGUCAGAAGUUGAAGAAUACCACCAGGCAGUGACGGAGAGAAAGAGAAUGGCUUCUCUGCGGGCCCAGAAAAGCUUCUUUAAGGAGAUUGCCAGCCAACCCAUUCGCAAGCGGCUGAUCUGUGGGGUUGGGCUGAUGAGUUUGAUGACGCUGAGUGGUACAAACGCACUCAACUUCUUUGCGCCCGUCAUCUUCAUGAGUGCCGGCUUCACCUCGACAUCCGCCUCCCUCUUCCUCACGGGCCUGUUCGGAUUGGUCAAGCUGGCAUCUGCGCUGGGUUUCAUGUUUUACUUCGUCCGCGUCAAGGGUCAUCGAUUCUGGAUCAUUGUGGCCACGGCCGUCUGCUCCGUCUCCCUGUUUAUCCUGGCGUUCUGCGUCCAAACCUUCGAGGCCGGGCAGACGCUACCGCUUGAAUCGCCGGACAAGCUCAACAUUUUUGGUCUCCUCGCCUGCUUAAUGGUAUUCACGUUUGCGUUUUUCUUCGGUAUUGGUCACGGCCCGAUUGCUUGGAACUUUUGCGCCGAAGUCUUCCCAGCGCAUCUCAGCACGAAGUGCUGCACCAUCACGACUUGCGCACAGUGGCUUUUCCAGGUCGUGAAUGCCGUCGCCACGCCGCUACUUCUCGCAAGUGCCGGCUGGUACACUUGGAUUAUAUUCGGCUGCAUCAAUGCUAUCACUUUGGUCUGGUGCGUCCUCUACAUUCCGGAGACACGGGGUGUCCCACUGGGUGAGGCAAUGGAUGCAGCGUUUGGAGAUACUUUAGAAGCAAAGAGCAACGACGUGGAAUACAUUGAGGAUGUAGAGGUUCCCAACGAGGAGACGUUAUUGCUUGGGAACCCAGGAGGAUUGAGCUGA